AUGCUAGACAAAUAUAAUAGUUUGGCAAAGAAUUUUUGCUAUGCAAGAGAUAGGUACCAACAGAAAAAUUAUACAACCAUAAAGCUUAAGUUAAUUAGUAAAAGGACUACAGAUGGAAGGACAUACAACUUGUCAUCUGCAUCUGAAAUGGUUGCGUUGAUUGUUGGUGAUGUCGAACAACUUAGCAAAGAUAGAGAUAUUGUUAUAGAGAGUCAAUCUAGAAAGCUCCAGCGAAUUGAUAUUUUUCAUCCAUCUUAUUUAGCCUUGCAAUAUCCAUUGUUGUUUCCGUAUGGGAAGGAUAAAAAGAUGGGUGAAUCUCCGUUAAUUCUGAGAUCAAAGAGAUUAUUCCAACAGUUUCUGGUAGAUGCCUACACAAUGGUAGAAUCAGAGAGGUUAAAAUUAUUUGGGUGUAAACAACCACAGUUGAGGGUUGAUAAAUACAAAUGUCUGCAUGAAAGUCUUAUAAACAGGGAUGUAAAUGCUGCAAGGCUUGGCAAAAGAAUCAUUCUUCUCAGUAUUUUUACCGAUAAACCUAGAUAUGUAGGAUAUCCUAACUAUUUUAUCACCAUGACCUGUAACCUUGAAUGGGAUGAGAUAAAAAGAGAAGUGACUUCCAUUGGAUUGAAGGCAGAAGACCGUCUUGAUAUAUUAUGUCGAGUUUUCAAGAUCAAGUUUGAUGGUUUGAUUGAUGACCUAAAAGAGAAAAAAAUCUUUGGCAAAAUUUUGGGAUACAUUUGCACUGUAGAGUUUCAAAGGAGAGAGCUUCCGCAUGCACAUAUCCUUUUAUUCAUGAGUAACGAGUUCAAGUCACAAACACCAGAUGACAUAGACAAACAUAUAACAGCUGAGAUUCUUGAUGAAGAUGAAAGGCAAAAUCUAAAUGGAGCUUUUCAAAAUUACAUGGUACAUGGUCCAUGUGGUCCGUACAACAAGAAUUCACAUUGCAUGAAGAAUGGAUCCUGUUCAAAGUUCUAUCCUAAAGAGUUUAGACAGCAAACACUCAUUGAUGAGGCCGGAUUUUCCAAAUAUAGGCGUACUGAUAACGGUCGAACAAUGAAGAAAAGGGAACGUGUACUAGAUAAUAAGUUCAUUGUUUUGUAUAAUCCAAAAUUGUUGCUCAAGUUUGGGUGCCACAUAAAUGUGGAAUACACAUGCCAAACAAGUUCUAUUAAGUAUCUGUUUAAGUAUUUACACAAGGGUAAUGACCGCGUGACAGUUACUCUAUACAAUGCUGUUUGGCGUCUAUUUGGAUAUGAAAUCCAAGAGAAAGAACCAUUUGUGAUUAGACUUCCAUUCCAUUUGGAGGAUGAGCAACUUAUGGUUUAUGGUGAAACUUCUAAUGUGAAUGAUAUCGUCGAAAGAGCAAUAUCUCAUAAGUCCAUAUUUUUGGGAUGGAUGGCGGUGAGCAUGUCAUAUCCCUAUGCUCGAAAUCUGACUUAUGCUGAGUUUCCAACCAAGUUUGUUUGGAAGGACGAUUCUUCAAAGUGGUUUUCUCGAAAGAAAGGCUUCGCAAUUGGAAGGUUGACUCAUGUACCUGCAGAGUUAACAAUGUCAGAUGAUGAGAUUAAGCAGUUGUGCUUAGUUGAUAUAGACAAGAUCUUACAUUUCUAUGGUAAAACCUUGAAAGACUAUCCUCCUAUGCCUUUAGCAACUGAAGUUGAUAGUUCUUUGUUAACCAAAAUGGUUAUUAGGGAAGAGCUAAACUUUAACAAGGAUGAUUUAAAGAAAAAUGCCUCAGACGUGUUAGCCAUUGCAACACCUGAGCAGAGAUAUGCAUUCGAUAAAAUUGUUACAGUUGUGUAUUGUGAUGAAGGGGGUUUUUUCUUUGUAUAUGGUCAUGGGGAUACUAAAAAAACAUUUCUUUGGAACCUUAUGUCUGCUGAGAUUUGCUCAAGGGGUGAUAUAGUGUUAAACGUUACUUCGAGUGGUAUUGCAUCUUUACUUCUUCCUAAUGGAAGAACGGCACACUCAAGGUUCAAAAUACUGCUGAAUAUAACUGAGGAUUUUGUAUGUAACAUCAAACCUGGUUCCCCUCAAGUAAUGUUGCUGUUGAAAGCCAAAUUUAUAAUUUGGAAUGAGGCUCCAAUGGUUAGUAGGUACUGCUAUGAAACACUUGAUAAAUGUUUGGGUGAUAUAAUGACGUGUUCUCCAACAUAUAGCAAAGAUUUGUCCUUUGGAGGAAAAGUGAUUGUACUAAGUGGAGAUUUUAGACAAAUUCUUCCUGUCAUUCCACGAGAAUCGAGACAAGAUAUCAUUCAUUCAACUGUGAAUUCGUCUUACCUUUGGAAGUUUUGUCAGGUGCUCAAACUAACAAAAAACAUGAAACUCUCUGUAGGGACGACUGCUUCAGAUCAAGAUGAGACAGAGCAAUUUGGUGAGUGGUUAUUGAAAGUUGGUGAUGGUCUAAUAGGUGGCAAUAUGGAUGGUGAAUCUGAGAUAUGUCUUCCAGCAGAUAUUGUUAUUCCUUCUUUGGACCAGGCAUUUGAUGAGUUGGUUCAUUUUUCUUAUCCAAAUAUUUUAGAAAACAUGUCCUCAAAGGAUUUUUUCAAAGUAAGAACUAUACUGGCUUCCACGCUAGACAUCGUUGAAGAGAUCAACAACCAUCUGAUGGCUAUCAUUCCUGGAGGGAAAAAAUUAUAUCUUAGUUCGGAUUCCAUUCGUAUGGAUGAAGGGAAUAUGGAGAAUCAACUAGAUCUCUAUGGUUCUGAAUUACUGAAUAGCAUAAAUUGCUCUGGUUUGCCUCCACAUAAAUUAAUACUCAAGGUUGGUGUUCCGGUGAUGUUACUGAGAAAUAUUGACCAAUCCAGUGGUCUUUAUAAUGGUACAAGGCUACAAGUUAGGAAGCUUGGAAAUUAUGUCAUAGAAUGUGAAGUCUUAACGGGUAACAGUGUUGGUCAUAUUGCUUUGGUUUCAAGAAUGAAUAUGGUACCAACAAAUGAAACCGUCCCAGUUAGAUUCCAACGAAGACAGUUUCCAUAA